CAUAGGGUUACUUCCAGAUUAUUCGAUAGCUACAGCGAGGAUGACAGGCGUGGCCUUGUUCGUCAUGCCGCGAGGUCACAGGUGAAACAGGACAUCUAUGUGGGGUCACAGGCAAGCGCAACCUCACUGGCGAUGACCUUCCAUAGUGUGCACUCGUCGCACCGCGAGGUCAAGGGCGAGACGAGACCUCUCUGCGAGGUCACAGGAGAGCACAACCUCGUCGCCGACGACCUUGCUUGGGGCCGCGAGGUCAAGGGGAGAUGGGACUUCUCUAUAAGUUCAAGGCCGAAACAAGACCUCUAUGCAAGGUCGCGGGCGAGCACAACCUAGCCGGCAACGGCAUCGCGCCGCAAGGUCAAGGGCGAGAAGGGACCUCUCUGUGAGGUCGUGGGUGAGCGUAUCUCACCAGCCACAGCCUUGCCUUGCGCGCGCUUAUCGUGCAACGAGGCUACGGGGAGAUAAGCGACUUCCCUCAUGUUUGCGAGCAAUGCGCGACCUCACCCGAGGCCACGGGCAAGGCAUAAUCUCUCUGAAAGGUCGCAGCCACGGCCUCACACCUUGUCUACGACCUUGCGGCGAGGCAGCGAUCAUGACCUCGCCACAGGAAGUCAGACAACAAAGAGGUCAUGAAUAUACUCCAGAAAAUCCCAAAAUUGAAGGAAAUUACUCUCAUCAUUUUUAUCUGAGCUGUACAUACGAAUGGAGGGAAAGAAGUGACACUUGCCCAGUUUGUGGAAAGGAGAUGCAAUUCUGUGAGAGCCCCUAAUGAAGAGCUUCAGUGCAGAGAUUGCUGAGCAUUUGUUACUUGAGGAAGUACCAACAAACGAGCUGCAUUCCAUCGUCAAUAUGUUCCGGCAUCUCUCGCAAGAAUUGUUGCAGCCCUGUUGUUGUAUUGAUGCACUCUAUUGUUGCGAUGAACAACAAAAAUAUCACAGAUAAGAACAAUUAACAUUUUUUAAAAUUGUUCAUAAUCAUAGGCCUUAUUUCCAAUGUCUUAAACAUAUUGGUUGUUUGCUUUUUUCUUUCAGGUAAUAUAUAAUAUUUUUAUAAACAAAGUGCAAAAUCUGGUCCAUAUCUUGUUUAUUGCGUAUCCAUGCCCUGCAAUGGCAGUUUCUUCUAAUAGACUUGUAAUUUGAUAUUAAUUUUCACCAUGGUUGAUUGGGGCAAAAUCCUUGUGGUUAGUGGGAUUUCAUGCAUCCUUCAUUUUCUUCUCAACUGUGUGGAUUUACCUAAUGUUCUAAUAGCAUAAUGCUGGUGUUGAAUCAACAGUACACCAAUCUCAUCUGUCCUUUGAUACCGUUUCCUUAUUGUGUUACCUGCAGAGAUCCAAUCACAAUACCCAAAGAAAAGAGAUAUGUUUCAUGCUCUGAUUUCGUGAUGAUUUCGGCUACAUCUUCCAACUUUUGCGUCUAGACUGAUGGAGACAGUGCACUUUCUGGGAACCACAAUUGGAGGAAAUUGAACACAUUCACCUGCCUAUCCUUUGCGUUGCUUGGUCUUGUGUAGAAAGAUUGUUCGACAAAGCAGUAUAUAAUAUGUCCAAUACCAAAAGAUGGCUCGAGGACUGGAGUGAAAACCCAUUGAUAUUCUUUCUUCUCCAAGCCAACUGAAACAAUGUUUUUCUUGAUAGAAACAUGGAAAUCCACUUCAUUUUUUUUUCUCAA